CUUUUUUUAAUUCACCUUUCUGCUUAUAAAUACGCUUCCAACUCCAAAUCACCCAUUUCCGUUAGAGUUCAAAACCAAGAAACUUAAACCUUGAAUCUUCAUCUUUCUUCUCUCUUCGAUGGAGUGGACACGGGGUCCCAUGAUAGGCCGGGGCUCCUCCGCCGUGGUGUUCAUAGCCACCACCGCCUCCGGCGACGUAUUCGCCGUUAAGUCUACUGAUCUUUCUUCUUCUACCUUGUUGCAGAGAGAGGAACGCUUGGUUUCUCAGCUUUGCUCUCCUUAUGUAGUCAAGUGUUUCGGGUCUGAGAUAACGUGGGAGGAGAACAAACACGUUUACAAUCUGUUUUUGGAGUAUGUUCCCGGCGGGACGCUUUCUGAUCAAAUCGGGAAACAGGGUGGUUCCUUGGGUGAAAGCGUGAUUCGGUUCUAUGCGCGUGAAAUGCUGCUGGGGUUGAGUUAUCUUCACUUGAUGGGAUUGGUGCACUGUGAUAUCAAAGGUCAGAAUGUUCUGAUUGGUAGUGAUGGGUUGAAGAUAGCGGAUUUUGGGUGCGCAAAAUGGGGAGAAUCGGAUGGUUCUGGUAAACCGGUGUUUUCAGGGACGCCGGCGUACAUGGCGCCGGAGGUGGCUCGUGGCGAGGAGCAGAGUUUUCCCGCUGAUAUAUGGGCGCUGGGUUGUACGAUUAUUGAAAUGGCGACGGGAUCUAAUCCCUGGCAGGAGAUGAAGGACCCUGCAUCAGCCCUCUACAGAAUCGCGUUUUCCGGCGAUGUCCCGGAGUUCCCCAGCUGGUUUUCCGAUAAUGCCAAGGAUUUGCUCGCCAAGUGUUUGAAGCGAGACCCAAAAGAACGGUGGACGGCGACUGAACUUCUGCAGCACCCAUUUUUCAGUUCUGCGGAGGAGAUUUGUGUAGAGUUCACCAGGAAAUCUCCGACUAGCGUAAUGGACCAAGGUUUCUGGGAUGCUUUGGAGAUUCUGACGCGCUCUUCGCGAAAUCCGACCGAUAUUGCUUCCCCCUCGGAUUCUCCGGCGGGUAGGAUCAGGGCUUUGAUCGGAGAUCCUUCUCCGUCGAACGUGAAUUCGACGGGUUGGACGGAGGAGGAAGACUGGUUGACGGUGAGGGGCAAUGAAAUUGAAGAAUGUUCAGAAGCUGGGGAGCAGAGUGACGAGGAUACGAAUCAAGAUCUUGAAGAACUGAUGGACGACGAGUUUACUGCAAUUUCCAGUGUUGACGAAGAAGAGAUUCAAACCUUAAUUUUAGCAGAGAAUUCUUUGUUGGAGUGUGUUAAUGGAGAUACUGAGAGUGUUGAGGAUUUUUCUGUAUUCAAACACAUGAACUGUGAUAAAUAUGUUAAUGGAAACAUUUCUUCGUCAAGAUCCACUUUUCCUACAACCUUUGAUCCUCUUCUUUUUUUUACUUGGAAGUAUUGUUCAGUGCUCAAGAACUGGCUUCUUUGGCUCCCUACUCUUCCAAAUUUCCAAAUCAAAUUUGGUCGAACUCAAAUCAAGUACUAUCAAUUUUUACAGAACUGGCCAUGUGUUCAGGCCGAUUUAUAGGCAUAGAAUUAUUGGCGUAAGAAUUCGUGCGAUCCAAAAUCGAUUCGUUUGUAAUCUAUCAAAUAUGGGUUUGACAUUAAAAAAAAAAAA